AUGAGGCGUGGGAGAACCGGAGCACAGGAUAAACAACUUCGAAUCGAAGGAACCUCACCCACCACAAGAGAAUCAACCAGAGCAACACUCCUGGUGACGACAAGCUCAAGACACCUUGGACAGACGACUAGGAAAGGACGAAUAGCAACAGGUGAAGGCGCAAGGAGACAAUCAGACCCAAAGACGCAGAAUAAUCUCAGAAGAGACAGCAGAAAUUCGAAUCUAUGGAGUAAGGUCAGGAGGAAGGCAUCAGGCAUGAGAUAG